CGUGAGUUGCCACUGCUGCGCGCGCUGAUGUCGUCACCGCCAGCUCCCGGGGCCGUAGGACCGACGAGCCCUUCCGUUGCCCUCAGCAGCCUCGCCCUGAGGAGAAACUUCUUUCGGUGAAGAAUACGCGUGUUAAAGCAGGUGUAUUCCAAACUGCUGACCAUAUACUGUUAUAUAUUGGAGAACUGUAAAACUCUUGUAAAGGAGGCAGCCCGCGCCAUGAGCAGCACGGCCGUGGUCCCCAGCGCGGCGGGCCCAGGCCCGGGCCCCAGCGGCGGGCCAGGCGGAGGCACCGAGGUGAUCCAGGUGACCAACGUGUCCCCGAGCGCUAGCUCCGAGCAGAUGCGGACGCUCUUUGGCUUCCUGGGCAAGAUUGACGAGCUGCGCCUCUUCCCGCCGGAUGACUCACCUUUGCCAGUCUCCUCUCGUGUCUGCUUUGUUAAGUUCCAUGACCCAGACUCAGCAGUUGUGGCACAGCAUCUGACAAACACUGUGUUCGUUGACAGAGCUUUGAUAGUCGUACCAUAUGCUGAAGGAGUUAUUCCUGAUGAGACUAAGGCUUUGUCUCUAUUGGCACCAGCUAAUGCAGUGGCAGGUCUUCUGCCUGGUGGUGGACUCCUGCCUACCCCCAACCCACUUACCCAGAUUGGCGCUGUUCCCCUGGCUGCAUUGGGAGCUCCAGCUCUUGAUCCCGCCCUUGCUGCACUUGGGCUUCCAGGAACAAACUUGAACUCUCAGUCUCUUGCUGCAGACCAGCUGUUGAAGCUUAUGAGCACCGUUGAUCCCAAAUUGAAUCAUGUAGCUGCUGGUCUUGUUUCACCAAGUCUGAAAUCAGACACGUCUAGUAAAGAAAUAGAGGAAGCCAUGAAGAGAGUGCGUGAGGCACAGUCUCUGAUUUCUGCUGCCAUUGAGCCAGACAAGAAAGAGGAAAAGAGAAGACAUUCGAGAUCAAGGUCACGCUCAAGGAGGAGGAGGACCCCCUCGUCUUCCAGACACAGGCGGUCACGGAGCCGGUCAAGGAGGCGGUCACACUCCAAGUCCAGAAGUAGAAGGAGAUCCAAAAGUCCAAGACGGAGACGAUCUCAUUCUAGAGAGAGGGGUAGAAGGUCAAGGAGCACCUCCAAAGCCAGAGACAAAAAGAAAGAAGAUAAAGAAAAGAAACGAUCCAAAACUCCACCAAAAAGCUACAGUACAGCCAGACGCUCUCGGAGUGCAAGCAGUUUGCACAUUUGUGAUCCUAGGGAGAGACGGCGGCGGCGAAGCAGGAGUGGUACAAGGUCUCCUAAAAAGCCCAGGUCUCCUAAAAGAAAGCUGUCCCGCUCUCCAUCCCCACGGAGACAUAAAAAAGAAAAGAAGAAAGAUAAGGACAAAGGCAGAGAUGAAAGGGAACGAUCAACAAGUAAAAAGAAGAGGAGCAAAGACAAGGAGAAGGAGCGAGAAAGGAAGUCUGAGAGCGACAAAGACGUCAAACAGGUGACACGAGACUAUGAUGAAGAGGAGCAGGGCUAUGACAGCGAGAAGGAGAAGAAAGAGGAGAAGAGACCGUCGGAAGCAAUGUCCCCUAAAACAAAGGAGUGCUCUGUGGAGAAGGGGGUGGGCGACCUGCGAGAGUCCAAAGUGAACGGGGAUGACCACCACGAAGAAGACAUGGACAUGAGUGACUGAGCCCCUGAAGCCGGCUGUAGAUGGGCCUCGGUAUCAUCCCUGGUGACACCUAAUGCUGUGUGUGUUCAUCUCACCUCGGUGUAUACAGCUGCACAUUACCAAUGGUUGCAGAACACCCAAUUGUGACCUCUAGUUCUUUACAGCAAAAGCUUUUAGAAAGUGGUACCUGGGUGACCAGCACUGCCAUGGUGAUACCCAUUUGCGUGACCAAGCAGCUGUACAACUGCUGCUUCUAACACAAAUGAACAGCUGCAUGCAUCUCCAGCAGGCAUGGAUUGUCUCUGUCGUAUGAUUCUCAGUGCGUUCACUUAGAGUAUUUCUAGAGUUUGAGUCCUUGCCGUGAUAGAGCCACGUAGGGAAUGCACUGAUUGCAUGUUACCCCAAAUGUCAUGAAACCCUCCAACAUGGUGACCUAGUUAAUGGUCUUAUUUGUUGACAUGACAAAUUAACAUUCUUAGAGUUACAUCUGGAAACAAGCAUUUGUGAUAGAUAAGCCUUUUGAGCCUUGUGGCUAAAUUUUUGUGGCUUUGUUUAACUUUCAAAGGUUAUAUAUGCACUAACCUUUUUUGAUGGCUAAGUAGGCUUUAAAUUACAGAAAAAAAUUUCAAAUAAAACUGGCUGUAAAAAUAUGUUUUGAAUUAGAGUUGUUCACAUUUUCAUAGCUACUUAGGUUUUUUUUUUUUUCCAAUAAUUUAUUUCACAUCUCUACCAGUGAACGCAACCUGCUUAUCCAGCCCAUCACUAGGAGAAAAUAACCUCGUCCUGAUUUUCAGUUUUCAACUUUUGUUUAGUUUUUAAAGCUCACUGUUGAACAAGAGGAGGUGGUGGUGCAUUUUAAAAUGACCUUCAUGUGCUUUUAAAAUACGACAAAUCUUGAUAAUGUACUUUUAUUUGAUCUCAAGUUGUACAAAAACCAAUAAACUUGUGUUACUUUGAUUGCAGUAGUAUCUUAUGCACAGUGAUUCCAUGUUAUAUGCAGAUUAGGUAGGUAACUGUUUUCUUAGUUACAGGAGUUAAAGCUUCACUUUUGUGCAGUAAAAGACAAAAGUAGGCUACCGUCUGUGCCAUGUUGAUGUACAGUUUCUGAAAUUGUUUUACAGGACUUUGAUAAUAAAACCCUUAAACUCACAA